AUGUUCCAACCCGAAGAAUGGGAAGGUUAUGAAGAGGAUGCGAGAGUGGCCGACCCUUUCACGACAUCUAUGAAGAAGGCCACUCGCUCACGCCUUCACCAAUCCCCAGCUAGCGGUCCUCCCUCCAGACCACCUAGUACCAACAGCUCCAACUAUUCCACAAAGUCUCACCCCGGCCUUAGUAGCUUACCCGCCUCGUCCCUACACUCUCCUACUCCAUCCUACAAAUCUCGCGACCAACAGGAAAAUGCCAGACUCACAAAAUCAGCCACUUUCUCUCAUUACCCAACAAAUCACAUGCUCCCCCCAGCUUCCCCUCACCCUCUUACAAAUCUCGUGAUCCAAUCCCCAACACCAUUUCAGAUUCUACCUCCAUCACCAACUCAACAAACCGCAUCAUCCGCCUUCCUCCUCGUGGCGUUGCCCACUUCAAACCCCGCCACCAACAAAAAACUGGCUUCCAAUCCUGCAAUCCUUUCUCUCUUAUACCUUCACCAACCCCGAUAUUCUCGAGGAAGCACUCGAAACCCCCAAAAAUGGCGUAACGUGUGUUGGAAAGAGUAUGCGAAUCUGUUUGGAUGGCAAUGA